AUGACAAAGCUUUGGUCUCGUCGAAAGCACCAAAUCAGCCCGUUGAUCGAAGACCAAGAAACUGCUUGGCUUCUGGGAUCAAAAAUGAGCACCGGGUCCAAGAGUCCAGCCUUCGGCCAAAUGGGGAGGAGAUCAGGUAUGAUACUUUAAUUUUUCCUAUGUUUUCCUAAAUUUAGGUCUUGUUCUUGCAAUAAAUUACUGUUUUCGCCUAAAAUACACUCUAAGCCCGCAAGCCAGGGUCAGCAUCUCCUCGAUUUCACGUGCAUUGCAGCAAAUCUUACACAAUUUCUCGGGAAAUUACCUAAUUUAUGCUGAAUUCGUCGUUUAUCGGGGGCCUUGCAAAAUUGCAUGGUUUAUCAAGUCGUAAACGCUGGAAUACUUACUAUGCAAUUUCUGUAAAGGUUCUCUGUGUUCGUAAUCAGCCAUUUUUUUAUGGUUUUAGAACAGUUUGUUUCGUUGUACGUUGGUGAUAAGGACAGUCUGGAGAAGGUCGGAAUCAGUAUGAAACUCAAGUUUCGUUACGAAUAAUUCGAUUGAUAACCGGGCUGCGGGUCCAAUGCACGCGUUUGCAAGAGGUUUUUGGUAUGGUUUCGAUAUGAUUCUGUAGUUUUCGGACCUAUAUAUUUAUGCCUGCUGGGUUAUAUCGCUUAGGUGGUCUGGCGAUAAAAUUGGGCUCUUAUCAGGCACUCCUACUUUCUUUAUUGGAUUAGGACGCCGACGGGAGUUAAUUUCUCAGGUUUUGCAGAGAAAGAGUUGAAUUUUUUGAAGAUUAUAUUAUCUAUGAUGGUUUUGACCUCAAAAUAGACAUAGAUUCGCGAAUUUUGAAGAUGUUCCAAUGCGUAAUAAGUUUUUUUCAGGGUCGAUGUUCAAAUGCACAUACUAUCUGAGCGUGUUGGCAGUCACAAUCGGGGCUAGCACCCAAUUUUACUCCUAUGGAAUUGUAAACCCAGAGCAAGAACUGAUCAUGAAAUGGAUCAACGAGACCUAUGCAGUCCGCUGGAACACGACGGGUCUAACCGAGACCGAAUUGAACGUUUUUUGGUCGUUUGUGGUCUCAUCCAUUGCGAUUGGAGCAAUCCUUGGUGCCCUUUUGGUUCGAGUGUUGGCCGAAAAGGUCGGACGCCGCAACGGUUUGAUCCUAAAUGGAGCUUUCAACGUAUUCGCUGCGUUUUUGGAGUUUGCGGCCAAGCCGCUGGCCUCUCCGGAGUUGCUGAUUGUCGGAAGAUUGAUUUUGGGGGCGAAUAUGGGCUUGACCUCAGGAUUGGUGCCAAUGUAUUUGAUGGAGAUCACGCCGGUCUAUUGGAGAGGAGCUGCUGGGACGCUACAUCAGGUUAGUUCCGUUUUUCUUUUGUUUUUCUUGGCUUUAGGCAACUGUUUGGACAAUUUUUCAAUUCAAUCUUCAUGUGUAAUAUCGGGGAUGUCCAAUUUUUCAAGAUCUUGCCAAAAUUCUUAGUACCAGGAACUUUUGACCUACAAAACCCUCUUCUUUCAGGUAGCUGUCGCCUUUUCGGACUGGUUUUCGCUAUUCAUUGGGCUUCCGGAGAUCCUCGGAAGCGAGAAUUUGUGGCCGAUCGCAUUUGGAUUCCCAGGACUAUUAGCCCUAUUUUUAGUAAUAGUAUUGCCUUUCUGUCCAGAAAGUCCCAAGUACUUGUUGGUGAGUCGAGGAAAACGCGAAGACGCGCGAGAUGUUCUUCGGAGACUUGUUGUUGAAGAAGAAGCUGAAAGAAUGUUCCAGGAGCUGAUGAGUGAGAGUGUAACCAAUGAAGUAAGUGGGUUACGUCAUUAAUUAAGCCUUUCCCUUGUUCAUCGUUUUGAUUUCGAGGAUUUCCAGGACGGACUAGGUUCAUUCCGCGAGCUUUUUACCAGACCGGACCUUCGCAUCCCGUUGGCUGUCUCUGUUGUGGCGAUGCUGGCCCAACAAUUUACUGGAUGCUCCACGGUCUUUGCUUACUCCACGGACAUGUUCUUGAACGCCAAGUUGUCCCCGGAAGCGGCACGUCUAAGCACAUUGGCAGUGGGUAUCGCCUACUUUUUAUUCGCCCUAUCAGCUCCUCUCUUGAUCGAGAGAAUCGGCAGAAGAAAGUUGGCCCUCUUCCAGUUGUCGAUGGUCACGGUGUCCUUGACGAUGAUGUCGACGUUCACCUACAUCCAGAGUACGAAUAGUCAAGAAUGGGCGACGUACGGGACCAUCUUCUCCUUGGUCUUCUACAUGUGUGUGUACGGAGUUGGGUCGCCGAUUCCGUGGAUGAUAACCAGCGAAUUGUUUGAAACCAAGGUAAAACAAAUCGUAAAUUGAACAGUGAAUAGAAUUUUGGCAAAUACCAAUCUUUCUUUCGCCAUAGAAUAUUGGCCUUGAUGUUUUUCUUCGAUUUUGCCCCAAUUCUUGAAGUAAAAUCAAUAAUUUUCAGUUUCGUUCGGCCGCCGUGACCCUGGCAGUAUUUGUAGCCUGGUUCUUGGCCUUUGUGAUCUCGACGGUAUACCUGCCCUUCCAACAGGUAAGAAAUCAUUUCAAAAUUAUGCUAUAUUUGAUACUGUUUGACAUAUACAGUGGGGGAACUGAUCCAGUGGCAAAAAACGUACCAUUUUGUGUCCGGGAAGUAUCAAAAAUGUGGCAAAAUGCUUCCCCGUCCAAGUGAAAAAACUUCGUUUGAAGGGCGAAAGAGUGGGCGCGCUUUUGAAACCUGAGUUUUUUCACUUGGAGAGGGAGGUAUUUUGCCGCAUUUUUUGAUGUUUCCUGGAUGCAAAAUGAUAUGUUUUUUACCACUGGAUCAGGUCCCCCACUGUAGUUUGAAUUAUUCUAAUUUAGCUGGUUGGAAUCUCCCUAAGUUAUGUCCCAUUCAUCGUGUUCAGUGGGAUAUUUACUGUCGCCCUGUAUUUCCUGUUGCCCGAGACCCAACACAAACCAAAAGUGGAAGUCAUCGAGGAAUUCAGAUACCGCGCCCAAUCCGUCACCACUGGGCACCCAUUCCGAUCAGUGCCGCCUUCUCUGACCGACGAAACGCAGUCUCUCGUACAGUCAGAGCAGGACGAUCGGCUCUCCUACCAUCGAUACAUGAGCAUCACUGGUUAGUUUGGAUAUUAUACUAGACGUUUCGAUGUGUAAGGGGCACAACUGAAAAUUUAGCGGUCUGUUUAUAGAUUGACCAAAUCUUUUUGACACUGCGAGAUCCCCAUUGUCGUUUUGUUUUCUAUCACCGAUCUUUGCGCAGAAAUGCGUUUAAAAAUCGGGGUUUUUUUUCAAUUUUUAAGAUCUACAGUGACCUGAUGCAGUGGCAAAAAACGUACCAUUUUGCGUCCGAGAAGUUUCAGAAAUGUGGCAAAAUGCUUCCCUCUCCAAGUGAAAAAACUCCGAUUUCAAAAGCGCGUCCUUCAAAACAAAGUUUUUUUUCACUUGGAGAGGGAGGCAUUUUGCAACAUUUUUGAUACUUCCCGGAUGCAAAAUGGUACGUUUUUUGCCACUGGAUCAGGUCCGUCACUGUAUUUUUGACCCUAAAACAAAACCCAUUUUUCCCAUGUAUAUACUACCCUAAUGUUUGUCCAAAAUAUUUUUCCCAGGAGCCCGUCCCGUCCUCCAUCAAUCCCCACAAAGCACGUGCUCAUCUGUUUUCGGCUCACCAUCCCGUUUUUUCUAA